AUGGAAUUUCGAUCAUCAAAUGCAUCCAUAUACAUUUUAAUUUCAUCAAGUAUUAUUACUAAAAGUCCUGAGGGAUAUGUUCGAAGCUCUAACAAGCUAAAGAAAUAUUCUAGUAAGCUGAGAAAGAAAUUUGCUUUUGAUCAGAAUGAAGCUAUACAAGUGGCAGAGCUGGCUAACUCAACUGAAUCUCCCAUUGAUAAAUUAUGUGGUCCUUCGGAAGUGGCAGCUAGGGUAGAGCGGUUGCUUUUCGAUGUUAUUAAUAAAGCUGAAACGGCAUUGAAAGAACUGUCUGAACACGGAACCGAAAUGGUGGUGUCAGAGUCGGAUGGAAUGAAUCGAAUGAAUAAUUCUGGACGACAACCUGCUUCAUGUGUUGCUUCUCCAGGAAAACUGAAAGGCAGACAACAACGCUCUGUAAUAGGAAAUUCUGAAAUUUCACCGUCAUUAGUGUUAAACGAAAGACCAGGUGUCCGAUAUUUGUGCUGUGACCGAUUCUUCAAAUGUGAUGGACGUAAUUUGAUUGCACGGGAAAUUUGGCCCUCAGAUGGUGGCUGUAUUGAGUUAAACAGAAAAGAAUUGAAGCGUUUCAUUAUAAAUAAUGAAGCCAGAAGGCUAAAUGGAUCAAAGGUGAGUAGACAAAUUGCUGGCGGAAGUUUACCGAGAUGUGCAAGUGACAUUUCAAGGAAUGACAAUACGCUGACCACUGGAAGAAGUAUCCAAUCUUUCACUUCAAUGUACAGACAAGAUCAUAAUGAAAUAUGUCAGCAGAAAAGAGAAAGAAGUUUCGCUGAGCUUAAUUCCACAUCAUCUGCAAUCCACAGUAAUGAGGAUUUGAAAACACGACGACAACUUUGUGUUCAAGGAAAUUUUGCACAAGUUAUCGAAGACACAUCAUCAGAAACAAGUAUAACAUCGAUCACUGAAUCACCUGAAACUUUGAUCAGUAGUGAAAUAACAGGUCUCACGAUCCCAAAUGUUGAUGAAUUGUCUUCAGACGAAACCGAACCACCAACUGAUGCUCAUAACUUCGUACAAAAUAGAGGAGAUCAACUGAUACCAGCGAUGAAACCCGAUGGUACCAUUGUUAUACCUGGAGUUGUACAUGUGGAGAAUUUUGAAGGUUUGAAUGGCGUUGUGCUCGAAUUGAAAGUGCUUAUCAAGAGUCCGAAGGAAUCCAGACGAUUCACUCUCAAAAUCGACUGCCCCGACUUCAAACCAAAAACGGUCAAAGUAAAUGGAAUCAAAACUCAAAUCCUUUAG